GGAGCGUUUGGAGUUCGAGCUUUUGAAAGACUAUUUCGAGAUGAGUUUGUUGCUAAUGAAGGAGAGGAAUAUGAAUGCUCUGAAAGGAAGGGACAAUGUUCUGCCAGAGGCACAGAAGAAAUUAACAUCUCUUUCUCUGGGACAACUGCUGACAUUCUCUCAAAUACACCUGCAUUGCCAGAAUCAUGUAAGACUCUUCGCUAUCAAGGAGGUGUCUUACCAGAAGUGAGAGAAGAGCAGAAGAAAGACAAAGACUGCUCCUGGGAUUCUGAGACUGAUUCCAAAGGUCAAGGGAAAGUGUUGCCCACCUUGACACUUCGUGCUGCAGUGGGCAAGAAUUUGGAUGCACGCUCUGUUGCAGUGGAGCACGGCAAAGGGGCCUUGACAGCAGCAGAUGAGCAGAUGGAAGACAAUGACUCCCCCUGGGAUUCUGAGGUACCUGCUCUGGAGGAGGCAGUGAGGUCCCGCUGGAUCAAUGGCUUCUGGGCUCCUUUCCCUUUGCUGCUGCUUUUGCCACACGCUUGCACCUUGGACCUGGACAUGCCAGUGCUGCAGACCAAGUGUUCAACUGAUUCUGAAGGUCCAGAAGAAAGUGUGCUGCUUCCUGCUGCAGUGGGCAAGACUUUGGAUGCGCGCUCUGUUGCAGUGGAGCACGGCAAAGGUAUCGUGCCAGCAGCAGGAGCAGAGCUGAAGGAAUAUUUUGACCCUUCUUCUAAGAAUAAGGUUCCUACACUAGAGGCAGAAGGUCUUCAGCUAAGAUCUGAUUCUUCAAGUCUAACAGGUUCUCAGCUGGACAGACAGCCAUUGGUCAGGCAGCUGCUGGAGAAGCCUGAUGAAGUUCUCAAAAAGAACUCCCUGGCAGAACCUUCACUUGGAGCUCUGAAGACCCACAGCAAGGACCCAAAGGAAGAGAAACCGCUGAUGCAGGAGAAACUGGAGAGGUCUGAAGCUAAGGAACCAAAAGAUCAUCAUAUGCAGAAGGAAUGUUUUGCUGCGUCAUUGAAGAGUGCCCCAAAGGAGAAGGAAAUAACAACUUCCAGGAACCUGCAAGGCCUUCCUCCUUCAUGCAGCGUGUCUUUACCUGCAGCUAUCGGCCAGCUGCGAGAACGCAUUCACUGUCUCGAAGUUGAGUACGCCAGGCUGGAAGCCACAGUCCAGCAACAAGCCCAAACAAUUGCAAUAAUUGAGAAGCUCAGGCAAGCCCAAAAGACAUGCAAGUGCUCCAUCAUUCACAGAGGAGCGAGGCCCAAGCUGCCAUAAGAAAGACAGCCAUCUCUCCAGUGUAAUUAACCCAGCAGUGCUUGGGCCAUUUCAGCGAAGGCUCCGAGGCAAACUACACGGAGAGGGGUGCUCUGGAGCUGAGAAUCAUGCCAAGGAAACAAGACAAGCUCUCCUACCCAUUAAGACCUCGAUACUAGAGCAGAGAGAGUCCCUUACUCUCAAGUGGGAAGCAGUGGAGCUGUGGCUCAGGGACAGCUCUGACUCAGCAUGGAUGGCACCAGCAGGGACUGAGUCCACCCUCACCCCUAGAACAUUCCCACCCCUAGAACACCCCUACUCCUAGAACAGACUAAUUUGUCUAUAAUGUAAGGAAAUGAAGU